AUGCGACGUGGCCGCGCAAAGGAGGCGGUGGCGGAGCACAACACCGAGGGUGAGGAGGAAGAGAAGGCACCGUCGUACCCGAGCAUCACCGCGGCGGACGGACAGCUGUAUUACAUCAUUGGCCCAAUGACGUUGGAGCAGCCGAACGUGGUGCCAGUGGGAACGCCGCCGUCGCCGCAGCCGUCGUCACGCCGCGGCGCACGAAGGUCGGUGACGCCCAUCAACAAGAAGAAGCUGUCACCCCACAACCAGCAGCAACAACAACUGCAGCAGCAACACGGCGACAGGAAGGGAAAGGGUUCACAGGGGAAGCAGCAGCAGCAGCUUAGUGGCCCGAAUUCCAGUCGGAUAUCACCCCUGCCAGCCCCCGCCCCACCGGUGGCCUUUGUGCGUACCUACGAGCUGCUGUUGAAGGACGCGAUGCAGGUGGAGGGAGAGACUAUGCAGCUCUCCGUAUCUGCCGUGGAGGACUGGCGUGACAUGCUACGGUUAGAGAUACUCAACUGGACCGUGCACCUUCGACACACCUCGCUAGAGUACGUACAAGGGCACUGCGUUGUGCAGAAGUCGGCGAUUGACAAGGAGACGAACGAGGUGCUGCGACACCACCGCCGCCGCCCGGCUACGCUGCAGGCGGAGUCGUACGAGGGGCGUCUGCGCGAGAUUGAGAACACGCGUACAAGCGAAGACAAGCACUGCACACGUCUGCAAGAUCGCGUGGCGAAGCUGGUGGAUGCGUGGUCCGCGUUGGAGGACGACGCCAGCGCGGAGACCCACGAAGCGCAGCUGUUCAAGCAGCUGCAGGAUCUCGAGAAGAUGGCCGCUGAGGCGGACUCUGUCAAUGCGCUGGUGGCGCAGGAGCGGAACUUCACCAGCCUCGUUGCCGCUGCCAUCGAGGAGGAGUCGCGACGCCAGCAUGACAUCAUACACCAGGUGGAGAAGCAGCAGGAGGCGCUGGAGGAGGAGUGCCGCAGCUAUCUCAUCUCCCAUGGCGUGAACGUGCCCGCCAACCUUAGCGAGCUGCAGGGAUGCAGCGACUGGGACGACGACAGUGCCAACAAGCAGGCGGUCGAUGCGCUGCUGCGGCUCAACAGCGCAGCGAGAGCCCUAAAGGAGAAGUUCACGGCCGAGCGUGAGUCACAAAUGCGGGGCGUCGACGCGGCCAGGAGUACCUACACCGCGGCGUUUGAUCAGAACAUGGGGGAGCUGCAGAUGCUUGCACGGCUGCAGGAGACGUUUGCCCGCCUCAAGGUGCAGGUGCACUCUCUCACCACGCUCUCCGAGGCAAGCGAGGCCAAGAUCGAGGGGUUUGUGACGGAGCUGGAGGAGAGGCUCAGCGAGGCGCCCCCAAUGCACGACUUCUCCAGUACCUUGCAGGAGAUCACAAGCCGCGACUACCACGCUGCUGCUGGGGCCGCUAUGAGUGGAGGAGAGGCGCAUUCUUCAGCCCCUCAAAGCGCCGUUAGUGGGACAGGAGCUGCUGGUGCCGGUGCUGGUGACACGGUUGUAGCGCAAAUGACGGAGGACCGCAUGCGCCUGACCGAGGUGAAAUUGAAUGAGCAGCUGGCGGGAGUGAAACUGGAUAUCCAGCGCCAAAUACGCGCAAGCGACACGGCAAAGGUGUUUCGUCUCAUUGACCAGCUCCGUGAGAUUCUUUACACGCGCGGUCGUCACCUGAAUUGCCUGCAGUACGGCGUAGAGUUAUUCAACAUACCGCAGGAGAACUACAUUGAACCGCGUCUAGGCGCCGCAUCGGAGCCUACGGCCGAGGAAGCGGGGGCAACUUCGCUGUCGCCGCAAGGACGCUCUGCACGUAAGGUGCGACCCCCCUCACCACCAAGCAGCGCGCUGGCGUCGCUCUACGCCGUGACAGAGCUUCCGGACAUGAUGCCGGCGGAGGCGCAGGUGAGUGAGUGGCUCAAUGCAGUCAAGGCACAGGUGAGUAGCAUCGUUGAGCAGCGCUUUGCGGCGCACCCGUUGCCGCUCACACGCCGCCUGCCUGGCAUGGCGGAAGGCAGCCAGGAGGACGCGCUGGAGAUGUGCAACAACGUGUGUGAGCAGCAGCGCAAGCGUGUCGCACACCACGUGGAGCACGCGGCGCGGCGCUACCGCGAGCAGGUGUGGCGUGUGUUUAACGCGAUGCAGAAGAUGCCGGUCUACCUUAUCAACACCACGUACACCAUGUCCGCCACUGCACUUGAGCGCCGCGUUGCGACGGUGUUCGACGUGUUCUCCGGCUUCUACAGCGAGUCGGAUGCGCUACGGUCGAUGUAUGACCGCCUCGUGAAGGUGACGUUAGCGUCCAACUACAACCGCGGCAGGCUCGAGGCGCUCUGCAGCGCGGAGGGUGUGCGGCAGAAGGUAACACAGGCGGCGAUUGAGAGAUUGUGGGGCUGUGUGAUGCGUGAGAUGGAGGAGGAGGCUGCCAUGCACGCUGCGCGGAGCCUCAACGUGAACAACAACUUCUUUGCGCUCCUGCGUGGGCUUGUGACGCCGGAGUCACUGAAGCCGGCGGACGACGACGGCGCCGGUGGCCACCAUCGCGGGUUGCGCCGACUGCUGCGGCUCAAGGCGAGAGAGGAGCACGCGAAGGAGAUCCAGCAGCAGCAGCAGCAGUUGUCACCCAAGCGCGAGCGCCGGCUGCAGGAGACGAUGCCACGCCACAAGCACGGCGGUGCCACCGCCCAAACGGAGAAGUCGGCGACCAGCAAGAAGGAUGCUGCUGCUGCUGCUGCGGAGCUCGCGGGUGGGCCGCUCCCGCUGCCGGCGCGGCGCGAAGUGGAGUACGGCCGCGUGCCGCUUCGCGCCUUCCGACCGCUGGAGAACUUUAACGCGGCCCAUCCCGACGCCGCUGUUGCCGCAUCUGCCACGGACGCUACUCCGGCGUUUGCGCGCGUGUCGGUGGUGUCGCGUUCCAUCACGGGGGCAAGCAGCCGCCGGCCGAAGGUCGACAUCAUCAACGUUCCACAGGUGGAGGAGCGCACGCCGACCGUCGCCAUUGUGGCGCCCGCGACGCUUGUGCACCAGGAGAUCGCGACGCUGACACAGCAGUCUGUAGAAUUCUUCAACAAACACUCUGCGGAUGCUGCCGGUAACGCAGAUAGCGCCUUUCAGGAGUGGACGACGCGCGAGGCGGUGUGGCAGACGACCUGGGGAGCGGCCAUCAGUCGCCUCCGGGCGUAG